CACAGCGACUGCGAGGCCGCUUUUCCCCCCGCGCUCCUCGUCGGCCGUAGCGCAGCAUGAUGCUGAAAACACUGGCCGGCCGUCUCGCUCGACGGCCAUGGCGGUUCGUCUUCCCAGGCAUCCUCCUGUUCUUUUUUGCAUUCACAUUGUCGCGCCGGAGACCACACACGCAGGCCCCGGUACACAAAGCGAAGACCAAGUCGUUCUUCCCCCCCCUCGAGACCAAGGCCGCAAACUCGAUUGAACUCGAUUACUGCCAGAACUUUCCCGUCAAGCUACUUGACGAGAUCCAGGUCGUGCUAAAGGUGGCAUCGAGCGAAUCAGCCGAAACCAAGGCGCACCUGAGCACCGUAUCGAGCUGCAUCACCAAUUUAAUCAUCGUUGGCGACCGCGAGGAGCGAUUGGGGGACAGACAUGUCAUUGACAUAUUGGCCGAGCUGCCCAAGAGUUACGAGUCCAACAAUCUCGAUUUCAAGGCCUACGUCGAGCAGAAGAAGGCGCAUACCGAAGGCGAGACGGUCAAGGAGUCCCAGCGAUCCUUCAAGCUUGACCGAUUCAAGUACUUGCCCAUGGUGGACAAGGCCUACACUACGAACCCCAAGGCCAAGUGGUUCGUGUUCCUCGAGUCGGAUGUCUAUUUCUUCUGGGACACGCUGUUUCGACUACUCAGCCAGCUCGACGCCUCGAAACCGCACUACCUGGGCGCACCACACAAGGGCUCCGAAGGCCGCUGGUUCGCAUACGGUGGUGCAGGAAUCGUCAUGUCGCAGGGCCUCAUGAAGCAACUAAUUCCCGCCAAGACAGUGUCGUCGACAGAAAUCCCUCGCGAAAAUCGGCUAAGCUACAGGUUCGAAGACUGGGUCAAGGAAGAGCAGCGCGGCGAUGCUGUCCUCGCCUACGCCAUCCAAAAUGCAACGGGUCAUAAGCUUGAGGCCUUGUACCCGACCUUCGCAAGCGACAAACUGAAGGACGUUACGACAACGCGGGAUCGGUGGUGUGUCCCGAUGCUGUCGCUGCACCAGCUUAAGCCGGAGCAUAUGGAAGAUCUAUGGAAGUGGGAGCGGACGCGGCCAUACAAUAUCAAACCCUUCACUUACUCUUCCCUCCUCUCCUACUCCCACUCCUUUCUCUCAAAAGGGCCAUCUCGCGAAUGGUGGGACAACCUCUCCACAGCCCCCGUUCCUAACGAUCGGCCCGCCCAUCGCAACGCCAACUCCUGUGGCUCUGAAUGCGCCGCCGACUCCCAUUGCCUCCAAUGGUCAUACUCACAAACCGUGUGCCGCCAUGCGGACUACAUCAAGCUCGGCGACGCUGUCAACAGGGAGAACGGCGGCCAGGGCGAGUUUGUCUCAGGAUGGGACUCGGGCAAGCUACGGAGAUUGGGUUUUGGCGUCGAGGGCAAGAAUGGGCAGAGGGAGUUCUACGAGGGCUGUGUGGAGGCUACUUGGCUGACCCCGCAGGUGCGGUAGGCUAGGCAUUCGAUGAUGUUAUAUAAGAGAAGGCCUUGUCGAUCAAGACUUGUGGUGUAUAGGGAGGCGUUGCGGUCGCUUGUCAGCACGUUUAUGCAUGGCGUUUUGGAUACUCCCACCAACUUUUGGAUACAACGUAAGGAUCAUGGGGAUGUUGUACACAAAGUAGAGACAGGGAGGUGCAUAGUAGCAUACAUGAGGAAGUAGCUAGCUGUUGAUAAGCAGCGGAGCAUGAAGACGUACGACCCGCCAUAUUUUAAUGCACAUACAUUUUCUAGCUCUAGAUGCGAUUGGUUUCGAUCAGACUAUGUCUUUGCAACUGUAGGAUAAUUAGAUUUG